UAGAAUUGGAAACGACUGUUUUGAUAUUCAACGUUCCUUUUGUAGAGUAAAAAUAGACCAAAGACAUACUGACUGAACUAAAUAGGCUGUCCAACUGUCAUUCGACUGAAAAUGUCUAAACUACAGUCGUUGCGUGUGUUUUUAAAUGAUCGUUUAAUGGCGGCUGCUGUGGAGAUUUUCGGGGCAGUUGAGAAAACGGUAGUGGAGUACCAGGAGGAGAAUGAUCGGCUACGGAGACUGCUGCGGAUCACACCGGAGAUACCACUAUGUAGAAUAGACUCCCUGCAGCUCUCUCUCUCUGUCUCUGAAGAGGAGGUUCCCCCUGAGCAGCAGCACUGUGAGCAGGAGUGGAGCCCCAGUCUGGGGCAGGAGGACCCAGAGCCCACACAGAUUAUAGAGGAACAUGAGGAACUCAGGACCAGUCAGGAGGAAGAGCCUGACAUCAUAGAGUUCAACUUCACUCCUUCCUGUGUGAAAAGUGAAUGUGAUCAGGAGGACUCACUUUGGUCCUUGACUCUUCCCCAAACCCAGACUGUGGAGAACAGAGAGAGUGACUCUAAACCAGUGGAUGUCAAACCUUUUGGCGCUGUGACCCACCUAAAGGCUCUCGACAUUCCCUGUCACCCUCCAGAUAAUCAAAACAAUGCCUCCAGCCACAGCUCAGCCAUAAGCAGCGACCCAGUUGGACCUGACUGCAGCCCACCAUUGGAUCCCAGUCCAACAUUGGAUCCGAAUCCACCAAAGGGGGAACCCUGCACCUGUCCCUUUUGUGGCAAGACCUUCAAACAAAAAGGAUAUCUGUCCAUGCACAUGAGGAUUCACACAGGAGAGAAACUAUUUAGCUGUGGUGACUGUGGGAAGAGCUUUAUUCAGAAGGGGGACCUAAGAAGGCAUAUAUUGACUCACACAGGAGAGAAACCAUUUAGCUGUAAUUUUUGCUGUAAAAGCUUCAAUCAGAAGGGGGACCUAAGGAGGCAUAUACUGACUCACACAGGAGAGAAACCAUUUAGCUGUGGUGACUGCGGUAAAGGCUUCAUUCGCAAGGAGCAUCUAACUGCACAUAUACGGACUCACACAGGAGAAAUGUCGGUCUCAAACAGAACCUAACCAUGCAGAAACUCACUCACACAGGAGAGAAACCAUUUAGCUAAAGGGUCUCUACAUUCCCUGUGACCCUCCAGAUAAUCAGAACAAUGCCUCCAGCCACAGCUCAGCCGUAAGCAGCGACCCAGUAGGACUUGACAGCAGUCCACCAUUGGAUCCCAGCCCACCAUUGGAUUUGAACGCACAGAUAGGGGAACCUGGACCUGCCCCUUCUGUAGCAAAACCUUCUCUUCAAACAAAAAUGAAAUCUGUCCAUGCAUAUGAGGAUUCACAUCAUUUAGCUGUGGUGACUGUGGGAAAAGCUUCAAUCGCAAGGAGCACCUAACUAAACAUAUACUGACUCACACAGGAGAGAAACAACAUGGCUGCUCAGUCUGUGGUAAAAGAUUCACUCAGAAGACUCAUCUGCUGAAGCAUAUGGAUAAUAUCCACAAAGAGAGGAAAGAAGAAAGAACAUCUUCAGUCAGGAAAUGGGAAUAACAAGGCAGGAUGUGGACAACACUCUUAGGAAAGGAGAGCAACUCCAGACCAUUCAUACUGUGGGUCUCAUUAAAUAGUACCCGCAA